CAAAAAAACAAGGAUAACAAAAUCUUAAAACUUCCAUUCAUCCUUGCAGAAACUUGAAUCUAUCACCACCAGAAAUGGCCUCCAUUGCCGUCAAUGCUCGUUUCUCAGCCACAACAUGCGACCGUAAAACAACCGAAAUCUGCCGUGAAACACUAAAAUCCUUCAUGGGUCUUAGAAAAACAAGCCAAAACGCUUCUAUCUCACUUACACAAUCUCUGACAACCAGUACUCCACAUUUCAACCCUGCUAGAAGAAAUUUCACUUCCAUCAAAGCAGGUAAAUCAAGUCCUAAAGUUACAGGAAGAAAUCUCCGAGUUGCGGUCAUUGGUGGCGGUCCUGCUGGUGGUGCAGCAGCUGAAACCUUAGCUAAAGGCGGUAUCGAAACGUUCUUGAUAGAAAGGAAAAUGGAUAACUGUAAGCCAUGUGGUGGUGCAAUUCCACUCUGCAUGGUUGGUGAGUUUGAUCUGCCGUUAGACAUCAUCGACAGACGUGUUACGAAGAUGAAGAUGAUUUCACCUUCAAAUGUUGCAGUCGACAUCGGCCAGACUCUUAAACCAGAUGAGUAUAUCGGUAUGGUACGUAGAGAAGUGCUCGACCAAUAUCUUCGUGAAAGAGCAGAGAAAGCUGGAACAAAGGUAAUUAACGGUUUAUUCUUGAAAAUGGAUUUGCCAAAAGAACCAAAUGCGCCAUAUGUUCUUCACUACAGUGCUUAUGAUGGCAAAACUGGUGGCGUUGGCACAAAAACCACGCUAGAGGUAGACGCAGUCAUCGGUGCAGACGGUGCGAAUUCUCGUGUAGCGAAAGCAAUCGGAGCUGGUGAUUAUGAUUACGCUAUUGCAUUCCAAGAGAGAAUCAGAAUCCCAGAUGAGAAGAUGGUUUACUAUGAAAACCUUGCUGAGAUGUACGUCGGUGAUGACGUCUCGCCUGAUUUUUACGGAUGGGUGUUCCCAAAAUGUGAUCACGUCGCAGUGGGUACCGGUACAGUGACGCACAAAGGAGAUAUCAAGAAAUUUCAGGUCGCCACGCGUCUGCGCGCCAAGGAUAAGAUUCUAGGCGGGAAGAUUAUCAGAGUAGAGGCACAUCCUAUCCCAGAACAUCCAAGACCCAAGAGGUUGGCUGACAGAGUAGCGCUUGUUGGCGAUGCAGCUGGGUACGUCACAAAAUGUUCCGGAGAAGGUAUAUAUUUUGCUGCCAAGAGUGGCAGGAUGUGCGCCGAAGCCAUUGUGGAAGGAUCCGAGAGAGGGACAAGAAUGGUUAACGAAACGGAUUUGAGAAAUUAUCUGGAGAAAUGGGAUAAAACUUACUGGCCAACAUACAAGGUUCUUGAUAUAUUGCAGAAGGUGUUUUACCGAUCGAAUCCAGCUCGAGAAGCUUUUGUGGAGAUGUGCGCGGAUGAUUAUGUCCAGAGGAUGACAUUUGAUAGUUAUCUGUAUAAGAGAGUUGUGCCUGGGAAUCCAAUUGAGGAUAUUAAAUUGGCUUUCAAUACUAUUGGGAGUUUGGUCAGAGCUAAUGCGCUUAGAGGAGAAAUGAACAAGAUUACUAGUCUAUGAUGAAGAAUGCGUCGAGUUUUUCUUUUGUGCAAAUAGGUUUGUUUUUUGGGUGAAUUAAGAUAGAUAAAAUGGGAGGUGAUCGGAAUCUGCGCGAUUUUUGUUGAUCUCUUUUUGUUAUAAUUGUGUAUUUAACUUCUUGAUUCUAUAAAAUUGUAUCAUUUUCUAGUCAUAAAAAAUCCAAUAAAAAAAUAAUUAAGGAUUGCGCAUCCA